AUGUCAAGUUAUAAAAGAAAAUCAGAUAGAAAAUUGGUAUUUACUGAAGAAAUUUUAAAAGAUGCAAAGGAAAGAAUACGCCGUGGGCAAAGUCAAAGAUCAGUUGCAGAGUCUUUGAAUGUCCCAGAAUCGACUCUAAGAAAAAGACUAAAAGCAGGCACUGUUCCUUGCUCUUUAGGUAGAUUUUCAAAUGUAUUUACUCCUGAAUUAGACAGUAACUUGGCAGAGCACUGCCGACGCUUGGAUUUAUGUUUUUAUGGUCUGACGAAGAAGGAGCUAGGAAGAGUCGCUUAUGAUUUAGCAAAUAAAAACGGUCUUAAUCAUAGAUUUAAUAAUGAUAAAAAGGAAGCUAGCAAGAAAUGGGUUUGA